AUGUCGGCCACCAAAGCAAAGGUUUUGAAGAUAAUCAGUGAGAAUGGAGUGGUUGUCUUUUCCAAAGCUUCAUGUCCGUACUGCACUGCUUCGAAAAAGAAGCUCAAAGACAUGGGUGCCAUUUUCAUCGUCCAGGAAUUAGAUAAGCUUAAGGAUGGUAAAGCCAUGCAAGCUGCUCUGCAGGAAAUCUCCAACCAACGGACUGUUCCCAACAUCUUCAUCAAGCAGAAGCAUAUCGGCGGAAAUUCAGAUCUUCAAGGAAAAUCGACCAAUGAGUUAAGGAAAUUGCUGAAAGAUGCCGGGGCUAUUUCAGCAUGA